UGAAUAUAUCACACUUGACAUAGAAAAGAUUUUUUUUUGUAUAUAUCUAAAAGAAUAAGAAUAAUAAUAACGAGAAAAAUAUUAAGAUAAAGUAAAUGGGUGUUCAGAAUCUUUGGACACUUACUGCUCCCGCAGCACGUCCAUGUCAACUCGAAUCACUGCGCAAUCGUAAAUUAGCAGUCGAUGCAAGCAUUUGGAUGUAUCAAUUCGUACGAUCGAUGCGCGACAAACAAGGGAAUCCAAUGCACAAUGCCCAUCUCCUUGGAUUCUUUCGACGAAUCUGCAAACUCUUAUUUUUCAAUAUAAAGCCUAUUUUUGUGUUUGAUGGAGGUGUACCUGAUCUCAAAAAGCAUGUCAUUAGAGAAAGACGGUUAAGACGAGAGGGCGCAUUAACGAGUAUGAAGCAGGUGGCAGGAAAAAUUUUGAGCGCCCAGAUGAAAUCCAGAAUCUUGUUAGAAGAAGAAAAGAGACGUAACGAAAAUGCAGAAAAAACCAACCAACCUAAAGAAUUGAAUUCAUCGGUAACAUCAACUGUUGUAAAAAGUCUCCAACAACGGCAUCUCAAUGAUCCCUAUGAUCUUCCAAAAGCUACCAAAAAACCAGCCGACUUUGAUCAGCGAUUGGCAACCCACGAAGAGAUUGCAUCGUUUGUCAAGGAAUUCAAACCCUCAGAAAUUGACUUUGAUUCAGAUGUAUUCCAAUCGCUUCCGCAUGAAAUACAAUACGAAAUCAUCCAAGAUAUCAUGAUAAGAUCACGCCAGACUUCGUGGGAUCGCCUGGAUCAAAUGCUAAAGAAUUCUAAAGAUCCAUUAGAUUUUUCAAAGCAACAAAUCAAACAAUUGGCUCACAGAAAUGAAAUGACACAGCGGUUACUGACCAUGAAUUCUCCAGCACUAAAAAAUGACGAGGCAACCCCUUUACGUAUCGCAAGUGAACGAGGACGCGCCUAUAUUCUGUACAAAAACGAGAAUCCUGAUGAAGGGCUAGGGUGGCGAUUACCUGGUCUAUUGACUCCAGAAUCUACUGUUGUAAAAGAUGACAAAAGCAACAAAAGCGAUGAAAAUGAUGAUGACAGUAAAAGCAAUGAAAUCAAUGAAGAGGAUGAAGUGGACGAAGAGAUGGAAGUGGUGGUUCCUAGCACAUCAGACAAAGUAAAAGACGCCAUAAUGGCAAACCCAGAACUUGCUGCCAUGAUGACAGGAUUCUUUAAUGAUGAAGAUGAAGAGAAGGAAGAAGACGAGAAUGAAAAUGAAGACGCCUUAUCUAAUGAUAUUCCCGCAAAUUUUCAAUCGAUGGAUGCAAACGAUACAGAUGAUGAGCCCUUGUUUGACAUUCCUUCAAAACCUAUAUCCGAUGCACGAACACAACCACAACCACAACCACAGCAACAAAUCUCUCUUCUCGAUGAUAUGGAUGCAUAUGCCCAAGAUGAUGAGACAAUGCAACACGUCCUGGAAAAAAUCUAUGGAAAUAAUAUAAUUUCUUUUGAAGAAGAAACCAAGCCAAAAGAAACCAAAUCAGAAGAAAUUGACGAAGAAAAUUUAAGUGCAAGAGAACUCUACAAUCUGUGGCUAUCACGAGUUCCGGAUUCUUUUAUAUAUAUGCAUUCAUUCAACGAUGAACACAAGCAACUGAUUCACAAUGCUGUAUUUACUGACCCAGUCAAUACUAUAAAAUCUCAACGAGACUCGGUUCAAAAGUCUCUUGGAAAGACAAGAGAUAGUAAUGAACUGUCUAUUGAAGCUCAUACUUUUCAUAUUCGUAUGUUGGAAUCUGUCAUUGCAUGGAAAUCACACAUGGAAGAAAACAUAUCAUUUCUCGAAUAUGCAGAAUCAUUACCACAGGACUCUUUGAUAAUUGACAAAGACGCAAUGGUGUUGGACGAAGAUGAAGACGAAGAAGGCGAAAUGAGAUUUGAAGAAGCAACGUCUUUGCCCAUUCCUCCCACUGUCGGUGCUCAAUCGGAUACUUUAUACAAAGGAUCGGUUGACCUGGUCUCUUCUAUACUUGGCGAUAAAGUCCCUACUACUGAAGACUUUGCAGAAGAAGAUCCUCAGUCCAGGAAAGAGCCUGGGGGCACUAACGAAGUCCAACCAAAAGCUCAAGAUGGUCCAGAUUUUGAUAUUGAAUCUAGUCUGACCGAGAAUUUUAUUUCCGAGGACAUAAAACACAAGCCAAUCUCGGAUGUAAAGUUAGAGUAUCUUGAACCUAAAGAAAAUGUCGAGACAGAUUUUGAGCAGAUCAUAAAAUCUAAAUCCGAGGAGAAACCCAAAGAGAAUAUUGAUGCUCUAGACGAAAGUGAUGAAGAUGAUCCGGAUGAAGAACAGAUUAUUGAUAUGGAUGAAGAGCAAAAUGAAUAUGCACGUUUUAUUUCUGACAUAAAGACCAAAGAUAUUGAGAGUGUGCGUAAAGAGCUUGAUGAUGAUAUGGAGAAACUCAAUCUUCAAUUAAGCAAAAAGAAAGGUUUAUCUGAUGAAAUCACACAAAACAUGAUUCAGGAUAUACAGGAACUGCUACGAUUGUUUGGAAUUCCGUUUAUAGUGUCUCCGAUGGAAGCAGAGGCUCAAUGCGCUGCUCUUCUCGAAUCAUCUGCGAUCGAAGGAAUCAUUACAGACGAUUCUGAUGUAUUUCUUUUUGGAGGAACAUGUGUUUACAAGAACCUCUUUAGUCAACAAAAAUAUGCCGAAAUUUAUAAUAUGCAAGACAUUAAACGGGAAAUGCAGCUCGAUAGGCGCAAGUUGAUCCAAAUCUCUUUCUUUCUUGGAAGUGAUUACACUACCGGUAUUCCAGGAAUCGGGCCUGUUACAGCACUGGAGCUCUUGGCCGAGUUCUCGGCCCCUAUUGAUGCAGAUUAUGCAAUUGAUGAAAAUGAACCACUCGAAGCUCCUCUUGAAAGGUUCCGAGAUUGGUAUCGGCAGGGCAAUGACACGACAGCAUUUCAACGCAGAUUUAGAAAGAAGCACGGAGAGCUAGAGAUACCAGAUAAUUUUCCUGAUUCAUCGGUGAAAGACGCGUAUUAUAAUCCCAAAGUUGAUCGUCAUCCAAGUAUUCCCGAAUGGAAGAUGCCCGAAUUAGAUACCCUACGCUUGUUUCUUAUGGAAGCAUUCGGGUGGCCUGACAGUAAAACAGACGAAUUUUUACUUCCCGUUAUACGCCAAAUGAAUCAACGAGCGACAUUGGGCACACAGUCUACUAUCAAUAGGUUUAUUAGCCCAUUAGAAAAAGACGAGUAUCAGACGCCACACAAAACUCGUCUUCACAAAAGCAAACGUAUCCAGAACGUUGUUGAUCGAUGGCGAAAAGCAAAGGUCAAGAAACGACCUAGUGAAAAGUGUGAUUCAGAAAGACCAACAAAACAAAAGAAAGUAUAAUAUUAUAUAAUUAUAUAAUUAUAUAUUACGAGUGGAUUUUCUUUAAAAAAAAUUGAAACAAAAAAAAUAUUAAUAUUAAUAAAAGAGUAUUAUUUAGAAGUGU